AUGAGCAAAAUAAUUGUGAGGUUGCGAUGUGUGACGGGAAUAUACAGAAUUGAAAUCGAAAAAGAUAAAAAAUUAAUUGAAUUAAAAAAUAAAAUUAAUGAAGUUUUAAAUGUACCAGUAGAAAAACAAAAAAUAUAUUUAUUCGGUUAUUCAAAUGAGGCUUUAAAUAAUGAUUGGAUAACUCUUGAUGAGUAUAAUAUGCAAAAUGGAUGUAUUGUAGAAUUAAAAAGUGAAAUAAAACCUACAUAUAAAAAAAGUACAAAUAAUGCCACUCCUAACAAUAAAGAUGGUGAUGACAGUUUAGAGAAAAAAUCCACGACAAAUACUAAUGCAAAUAAGUCAAAAAAUGAAAAUGAUAAUAAAUCAGGAUAUAGUAAAAAUGUAAAUAGUGGAGAAGAUAAACUAAAAAAAGAAAAUAAUGAAAAUGAACCAAAUUUCAAAUCAUUUGAUUAUUUUUUAAAAUUAAGAGGAUAUAAUACAACAGAUUUACCAUUAAAUAAUGAAUACAAAUCUAUAUAUUUAGUAAAAGGACAAUUAAAUAAAAUACCAUUAAGUGUAACAUUAAAACAUCAAGAGUAUAGACAUGUAGACCAUUUAGAAUUAAUGAAUAUUGAAGAAAUAAAAAAUUUUGUUCAUUAUUGGUGUUAUGAAAACCAUAUGCUUGAACAAAGAAUUGGAUGGAUGUAUGGAUAUUAUAAAGAAGAUACACAUUAUAAUUUAGGAAUACGAGCUGUUUGUGAAUGUAUAUAUGAGCCACCACAAUUUUGUGAAGCUGAUCAAGUCAGAUUAUUACCUGACGAUUUUAUGGAUAAUGUUGAUUUAAUUGCAAACAAAUUAGGAUUAGAAAAAAUUGGAAUAAUUUUUACUCAUCUGCCAAGAAAAGAAUAUCUAGCUUCUCACGAAUUAGUAAAUAUAGCUAAAUUACAAUUAUCUAACUUAAAAAAAAAUAUGCAUUAUACUAAUUAUAGUAUAUCAAAUUUUAUUACAUGUACAAUAUCACCUGAUCCAUUAUUAAACAAUGAACCAAUUACAAAUGCCUUUAUGGUAUCAGAUUUAGGGAUGAGUUUGAUAAGAGAUAAUUUAAUUGAUGAAAUACAAGAUGAUCCAUCUCAUAUAAAAUUAAGAAACCCAAAUAAACAUGAAUUACUACCUCAAAUUUUAGAAGGAGGUAAAGAAACAAAUAAAUUUGAUACUGAUUGGUUUAUAAUACGUGUUAAUGAUUCAGCACCAAAAGUUGUACGCUCUAUUUUUAAAAAUUACCAUUUCCCAAGAGAAAAUAGAAAUAAACCUCAAACUGCUUAUGAUGUUAAAGAAUAUUUUUCAAGUAGUAAAUUAGAUAGGGGUGUUAAUGGAAAAUCUAGAUGCUCUGAUUUUCAUUUAAUUAUUUUUGCAGCAAAAGUUUUAGAUAUUGAAACAGCUUUAGUUUUAUGUGAUGCUGUAGUUAAUAAUAAAGAAAUAGAUCCUAUUAUUGAAGAAAUGCUUACAUCUAUAGUAAUAUAA